AGGAUGAAGGUGAAGGUGAUCUUCCCAGGCAAAAUUAAAGUGUGCUUCAGGAAAGGACCAACUGGAUAUCUGAGACAAGAUCCCUCAGAUGAAGCCAAGAGGAUCAAAGACAACCCCAAUCUCCAGGACAAAUCAGCCCCUCAGGGGGAAGACAAGGUCAAGGAAAAUGCUCGCUCUGUUGUCUUCAUGAGAGGAGGAGAUGUGUCAGACAGACAGGAGGUGCUGGGAGAGUAUGUGCUUCAGUUUGGAAAGUACAAAGGCAAGUCAUUCCGGUGGCUGCUUGAGAAUGAUGUAGGCUAUACCAUGUUCUUGACUAAGAAGGUUGAGGACGAGGAGAGAGCCGGACAGUUUAAACCAGAGGGUCCCAAGAAGGACAGCCUACUUUCAUUUCUUGACUACAGUAGAAGCUUCCAGGAAAUCAAGGACCUCAUAAAGUAUUUAUCUGGAAGAUCAGUGGCACCACCUGUAAGAAAUGAAGAUGACAACUUGGUUGGCUUUGGGAUUAAUGCAGACAAGACUUGGUGGGAUAUUUGGGAGAGCAGAGCAGAUGGAUAUGCUGCAUUCAUCCUCCAAAAACAGUGUGUUCCAGGCAGCAAAAUGUAUCGGCUGCAGCAAUACCUCACUCAGAAAAAGAGACAGCUUCAGAGUGUUUCAGAGGAACUUGCUUCCUCUGGCCUUGCAGCAUCUGCCUCUCAUCCUCUAGAAAUGGAGGAUGAUGAAGAAUUGGAGAGAAUGAUGCUUUCUAUAUCCCCAUCAAAACUCCAAGGCCAACUGAGUUCAGAAGUUGUUGGAGUCCCAGUGGUCAAAGGUCUUAUUCUACUGCAUACAAGGGAUGAUUCUGACAUGAAUCAGGAUUAUCUGUUCUGCAUUGAUUUGUUGCUGCAUUUAUAUCUCAUCAUUGACGGGAGGCGUAAACCACCAGCAACACUCUCAAAACCAGAACGGCCUGAUGAAUAUAGUGCUACUGCAUCUCCAUGGUCAGUGACGGUUCCUUUGCCAGUAUCUCCAGAGUUGCUUGAAUUAUCUAUUAGCAAGACCACAUUGGCUUUGAGACCAGCGCAGGAAACCGUGUUCUGUCAGUCCCUCCUCCCAGUGACCACUGCACAGUCUACAACCUCUACUCCUCCCUCAGGACCCCCUGCAGCUGCUGGCCAGUCUUUCUCUGGAAUCCCUGCAGCCUCUACUGGGUACCCCUCAAUUCAGCUGGAGGAGAAUCAUGCUGUUCCACCACUGCCAAGCUAUGAGCAGGAUGUGAGCCGAUGGCACUGCUCUCAACAGCAAAGAAUCUGGAUGAAAACAGAAAUGGAAGCCUUGGGACUGUGGCCAGGUUCUAGACCGGUGAGACAUCCAAUGAACAUGAUCUCCUUGUGGCGUUACCCACCUCAGCCUGAGCUUAUUGAUCCUGUCUAUGAGCUGCCAUCACCUAAAUACUUUCAACUUCAUCCAUUCUUCAUUUGGAAACCAGAGCACACCAUUAUGGAAAGAGUCCGCAACAACUACACUCUGCCAUGUCUGUACAGCUGUCCGAAUCCCCACGUUGUCUCAUCAGGAGUUGGACGACCCCGUGUCAUUAUUGGUACAAGCAGCCAGUACUACAUUCUGGCCUCUCGGCUCAGCUGUAAAGUCUGUAAAAAGUACUGGUUUGCAGACAAACCCCAAUGGAUGGACAUGCUGCCGAGUCGGUUCUGCAACAUUUUGCCAGCUUUUCUGACGCACAAGAAGGCCAUAUGUAAGACUGUGAUGGAUGAGUUGCGGCGUACAGGAAAGUCUCCCAAUGAUAUGGCCAAUCAGUUGAAUGAAGCUCUCCACCUCAGGUAUGAGCGUGCACACCUGGCUUACUUGUCUACUGUUAAGAAUGUGCUGGAUGGAGACAGUGGAAUUUACGGUCAGCAGACCAUCACAGGGGCACUAAGAGCAACAAAUACUCCUGCCUCAUUUGGUGAGUAUGGUGAUUUGGUCGGCUGGUGUGGAGUAACAGUUUCACCCCACUAUUUGGUUGACUGCCUCAUUCAGGAGUACCAUAGGCAGGAGAGCACACUCAAUCUGCUCCUCCAAGGCACAUUUGGACAAGCCUUAAGGGCUGACCAUACCCGCAAGGUGGCCCGGAAGGUUGUGCUUGCAUCAGGUACUAUGUCAUCCUAUGCUGUGAUGAAUGAAAACUGGAUGAUCUUGUCCUGGGUGAUGCUGCAGUCUGAAAGUGAUAAAUCCCUGCAGCCAAUGUAUGAGGGGCUGUCUCUUCGUUACAUUUCUGCAGGACUGCCGAAAGCCAACUACCAGUGGGUUGACAGAGAUUGCUGUGCUGCCUUCAGGAUCCCAAACCCUGAGCCCCGGGAGCACCUCCUCUGGGAUUCUUGGAAGACCACUGAGGCUGUAGUGGCUGCGGCAACCUCUGGGCAUCUCAUCAACACCUGUGCCUCCCGCGAAAAAUAUAACAGCGACAUCAAAAUCAAGCUGGACUUGUUCCACUGCAUGCGGCGGUUCUCCAGAGAGUGUGUGUCAGAGCACCAUCCACUGCACAGUGCUUUCUGCAAGUUUCUGUCAGCAGCUUUUAGUGUUGUGGACCAGACGGACCUACAAAGACUGAAGCAGGCUUAUGUCUUCUGUGGGAUAGUGCCUGCAAAUCCAACAAAGCAGCACAUCAGGGAGCACUGCCGCACCAGGGUUCCACACCCCAAAGAGCUACUGGAGAGAGUGGAGAGCGUUCUCCAAAGAUUCUUUUUAGAAUGUGAUCCUGAUGGUGUGCCACUGUUCAAACCAUCGAUGUUGAAGGUGUGGAGGAUUCAGCGAGUCCACAUCCUCAGAGGCUGCCUGAGUGACCCAGAGGUUACAGAUGGGAUCCUCUAUAGGCAUGGUGGAACGGUCCAGCUGAACCAUGUGAAGGGGGAGGCGGCAGCUGUACCUGUGUGGAUCCCUGUGAGAGGCACUUCUCAGCAGGAGGGGUUCCAUUUCCAUCAGGCCAGAUGGGUCACAGGCACUCAGGUAUCCACAGAACUAUUCCAGGCACAGGGCAUGAUUGGAGUGGCUCGUUGGAAUUUCCAGCGCCUUGUAGACCUGAAGCAGCCUGGAGUGAAGCUGCCUGCAGUUUUUGAUCCUGUGCUGAUCAUGGAACUGAACAAGCUCUCAGACAUGGUGACAGGCCAGGCCAAGUACCCUGCCUUACUUGUCUCACAGACAGACACCAGAGAAAGGUUUGGACUGCAGUAUGUGGAGCCUGGUUGUCGUCCUGUCCCCCUAGACUGGGCCAAGCACAAGUCCCAGAAGGUACCUGUUGCAGGGGAGGGAGAGCAUCAGUCCUCAGAGCCGUCUGCUCUCAGUGAGAGAUUCCCACCUGAUGACCCACCUGAGGAGGUGAGGGAAGAACACUUUGCUCAGGUAAACUUGACUGUUGUACUUACAAAUAUCCUCACUCACUAA